CAGCGCUUUUAUGCGCUGCGCGCUAAUUGGUGUUAUCCGACGCCCGUCGACGCGCCCUAGGAGCUCUUCGCAUCGCCUGGGACCCGAUCGGCCGCGACCGAGGCUGCCCCGCGGGCGCGCAUUCAUCUACCUACCUACCGGUUGUACAGCACCCAGGGGGUGGCUAGGCGGCCGAGCUCGAAGCCAUGGACGCCGCAGCAAAAAAAAAGAAGGGCCAGAACGAGCUGGGCGUGAUCACGAAGCGCCCGGGCAACGCGACGCACUUUCCCGCGCCGGGGUGUACGUGCCGCGUCCACUACGAGGCCCGGUUGGAGAACGGCGACGUCUUCGAUUCGUCCAGAGACCGGAAGCGCGCCCUCAUCUUCAAGUUGGGGGCCGGACAGCUCAUCCCGGGCCUCGAAGACGGUAUUCCGAAGAUGUCAGUAGGGCAGAUUUGCGUCUUCACGGUGCCGCCAUCGUUGGGCUACGGCCAGGAGGGGUUCAUGCCCGUGGUCCCGCCGGCGGCGACGCUGACGUACGAGGUGGAGCUUUUGGAUUUUAGCGCGGAGGACGACGCGGGGCACGUCUAGUCCUCCCUUAAGGUGUGUGUGUUGUC